UGGCUUUUUACUUUGCGUCCGGUUUCGUUCCUUGUUCUUCCUGUUCUCCUCAAUCCUCACACAGUCAAGCACACAGAUUCACCGAAGGCGCACAUAGACGCUGCGAGAGAGAAGGUGUGGUGUGGGGUGGAGUGGGCUGGGGGCUGGAUCUGGAUCUUCAGUUUGUGAUUGAUCUUGCUGCGGUUCUGUAGUGGGUGUUUGAGCGGAGAAAGAUGGAGGCCCUGGGGAUAAGGCCUCACGGGUGCGUGAUCCUCAUGCUCCUCCUCCUUGUCACCGUUGCUCACUCUUUCUACCUUCCCGGCGUCGCUCCCAAGGAUUUCUUCAGGGGUAAUCUUCUCAAGGUGAAAGUGAACAAACUGACUUCAGUAAAAACUCAACUUCCUUACUCCUAUUAUUCACUUCCUUACUGUAAGCCAGAGAAAAUUGUGGACAGUGCUGAGAAUCUUGGGGAAGUUCUUCGCGGUGAUCGUAUUGAGAACUCUCCCUAUGUGUUCAAGAUGCGAGAACCACAGAUGUGCAAUGUUGUUUGCCGUAUAACUCUUAAUGCCAAAGAUGCCAAGGAGUUCAAAGAGAAGAUUGAUGAUGCAUAUCGAGUGAACAUGAUUUUGGAUAAUCUCCCUCUGGUUGUGCCUUAUAAAAGACCUGACUUGGACUCCUUGGUUUAUCAGCAUGGUUUUGAUGUUGGAUUGAAAGGACAAUAUGCUGGAAGGCCGGAGGAGAAGUAUUUUAUCAACAAUCACUUGACAUUUACUGUGAAGUAUCAUAAGGAUGAAGAAACUGAUGCUGCUAGAAUAGUUGGAUUUGAAGUAAAACCAUUCAGUGUUAAGCACGAUUACGAGGGUAAAUGGGAUGAAAAAACUAGAUUAACAACUUGUGAUCCUCAUGCAAAACGCACUGUAACUAGCUCUGAAUCUCCUCAGGAGGUUGAAGACAAGAAGGAAAUUAUCUUUACAUAUGAUGUGGAGUUUCAGGAGAGCGAAGUCAAGUGGGCUUCUAGAUGGGAUACUUACCUCUAUAUGGCUGAUGAUCAAAUUCAUUGGUUCUCAAUUGUCAAUUCUUUGAUGAUUGUUCUUUUUCUCUCGGGAAUGGUUGCCAUGAUUAUGCUGCGGACUCUGUACCGUGAUAUUGCCAAGUAUAACCAGUUGGAGACCCAGGAAGAAGCUCAAGAGGAAACUGGGUGGAAAUUAGUUCAUGGGGAUGUGUUCAGGCCACCUACAAACUCAGAUUUGCUGUGUGUUUAUGUUGGAACUGGUGUUCAGUUUUUUGGAAUGAUAUUGGUUACAAUGAUCUUUGCUGCACUUGGUUUCCUGUCCCCUUCCAACCGAGGAGGAUUGAUGACAGCUAUGCUUCUGCUAUGGGUGUUCAUGGGUCUGUUUGCUGGAUACGCCUCAGCUCGUCUGUACAAGAUGUUCAAAGGAACGGAAUGGAAGAAAAUUACUCUUCAAACAGCUUUCAUGUUCCCUGGUAUACUCUUUGCUAUUUUCUUCGUUCUGAAUGCGCUGAUUUGGGGUGAGGAGUCCUCUGGGGCUGUGCCAUUUGGGACUAUGAUUGUAUUAGUCCUAAUGUGGUUUGGGAUUUCGGUUCCACUUGUUUUUGUUGGUAGUUAUGUAGGGUUUAAGAAGCCAGCUAUCGAAGCUCCAGUCAAAACCAACAAAAUCCCUCGCCAAAUACCCGAGCAGGCCUGGUACAUGAACCCCAUUUUCUCCAUCUUAAUUGGUGGAAUACUGCCCUUUGGCGCAGUAUUCAUCGAGCUGUUCUUCAUCCUGACAUCAAUAUGGCUGCAUCAGUUCUACUACAUUUUCGGUUUCCUUUUCCUUGUCUUCAUCAUCCUUAUUGUGACCUGCGCUGAGAUUACAGUCGUGCUCUGCUAUUUCCAACUCUGCAGUGAGGAUUACUUAUGGUGGUGGAGAUCAUACCUUACAUCAGGGUCAUCAGCACUCUACCUCUUCCUUUAUGCGGCAUUCUACUUCUUCACAAAGCUCAACAUCACAAAACCAGUGUCCGGAAUUCUGUACUUUGGGUACAUGCUGAUUGGUUCAUAUGCUUUCUUUGUGCUGACUGGUACAAUUGGUUUCUAUGCCUGUUUCUGGUUCACGCGGCUCAUCUAUUCAUCGGUGAAGAUUGACUAGAAAGUGAUGCCACCUCAAUGUAAGUUCUUCAUAGUUUCUUGAAGUUAGAACAUGAUACCCCUCAGAAUUUACCUAGUUUUGAUCUAUACUAGUUUGGCAUCUCCAAUGUUUUCAACUUUACAUAGCAGUAUCAGGUGUUUGUAAUUGUAUUCUCUGUUUUCUUUGGUAAACAAUGUAAGGAGACAUUUUUGGUAGAAUUUGGAGCACCCCUUUGUCCUCAACUGGGCAUGAUUUUGUUA